UUUCUUGACUAAAGAAGAUGCGCAGUUUACUUUUAAAUCUUAAAAUAGUUCAUUAACUCUCAAGCAUGAAUACGAGUAGAAUAGAAAAGUGGUAUCUAGGUCUUCCUAGAAUUACUAGGACAUACAUCACAAUUCUGUUCAUAGUUACGCUCUCUUCAGUUUUCAAAAUUUUGGAUCCAUCGACGCUCUUGUUAGAUUGGAAUCUAAUCACGAAAAAAUAUGAAAUAUGGCGUAUUGUAACUAAUUGUUUUUAUAUUGGACCUUUCUCAUUAGGAUGGUUCUUCUUUAUUUCAGCUUUUACAAAAUUCUCAACGUCGCUUGAAACGGAUCCUUCCUUUUCACGUUCACCGGGCCAAUAUUUGUACUUCAUAUUUAUUCAGACAGUAUUUCUUUCUACAAUUAGUAUACUAUUCUUCUGGCCAUCAGGUCUUCCAUUUUUGGGCAAUUCGCUCUUGUUUGCAAUCAUCUACUAUUGGUCCAAAAAGGACAUGUGGAGUCAUGUAUCAAUAUAUUUUGUGACUGUUAAGGGUUAUCAAUUACCAUUCGCUAUGCUAUUUUUACAUAUAAUAAUGGGUUCAUCUAUAUGGAUCGAUUUGAUAGGCUUAAUAUCGUCACAUAUUUACUAUUUAAUUAGGGAUGUUAUUCCUCACAAAGGAUUCCCAAAUAUUUUAUCAAUAACACCCUCGAUUUUUGACACUUGCGCUAAGAAGGUGGAUCUGUUCUAUAAAUUUCUUAUACCAGAUAAUACAAGAAGUAACUAUACAAACAACUAUUCAAGAGCAACCUACAUAGGAACUACAAGUAGUGGUUUUAUUGGACGUGGUGUACGUUUGGGGGAUUCUUGAUCCCCUGCUGUCU